AUGGAGUUCCCUAGCUUAGGAGUUCGUUGUUCGGUAUCUGCUUGUAAGCAACUGGAUUUCUUGGCCUUUUCAUGUUCGCAUUGCAAAUUAAUUUUCUGCAAGGAGCACUUUCACGUAUCAGCUCACUCUUGUUUAAAAUUUCAAGAUAAUAUCGUUGAAUCUCCUGAGUCAGUUUCCGAUUAUUACUGCUCUGAUUCUUCUUGUAACAACCAUUCACCCGUGGAAAUACCUUGCGUCACAUGUUGCUUACAUUUUUGCAUUGCGCACCGUCAUCACGGCUGCUUAGACAUUAGCGAAGAACAGAAAUCGAAGGAAUUGGAAAAGUGGAAUAAACCACGGCAGGAAUUUGACGAAGCAAAAGCAACAGUCGAUAAGCAAAUCAGCAAUUCUUUGAGAAAAGCUAAAAAUUCUACGGUCGCUGUUAAGGUGCAACUGAUGCGACUGAAGGGUCGAGCAGUUGGUUUCAACGGUAUACCGACCGAUGAAAGACGAUACUUCUUGGUCUAUCCACCAAUUACAGGUUCGUUGAAACAUACCGGAGGUCCAAAAGCAGUUUUUACUUGCUUACGUUGGUCGCUUGGUAGGACUAUCGACGCAUUUGCCGAUGCGUUAAGCGUACCAAAUACCAACAACUUGUCCAAGAGUCAAAAGUUGAAACUGUUUCACCAAAACACAGGUUACGCUUUGUCCGAACGAAUGGAUAUACUCAUAUCAGAUCUGUUGAGCAGUGCAAGUUUGAUCGAUGGUGAAAGUUUGAUAUUAGAAUAUUCCGAUGGCUUGAAAGUGGACGAAAGUAUGUAUAGAUAACUUGUGUUAAUAAACGUCAAUUUUAUUUAUAA